AUGGAAUCAAACAAGGAUUUCACCGUCACCAUUGUCGGCGGUGGGAUUGGCGGCCUGGUACUUGCCGCCGGUCUCCUACGACGCAAAGUGCCCGUCCGGAUCUACGAGGCGGCGCACGCCUUCGCUGAGAUCGGGCUUGGCUUGUCGAUUGGCCCUGCCGCUCACCGUGCUAUGCCCCUCAUUGACCCUCAAAUUCGAGAAAUUUAUGACUCGCUCGUCACAACUCACGCAGAUAGCCCUGGAUACGAGUCCUUCCGCCAAACAUGGUUUGAGAUCGUAUGGGCCAGCGGCGCCCGGGAGGGCGAAACGCUGAUGAACCUGAAGGCACUCCCGUCGGGGCAGACCACGUUGCGCCGAGCGGACUUUCUCGAUGCAUUAGUGAAUCUGAUUCCUCCUAAGAUUGUGCAAUUCGGAAAGCGACUUGAGAGUCUCGAAGAAACAGCUGAGGGUGUGUCCUUACGAUUCGACGAUGGCACAACGGCCAUCGCUGAUGUCGUUGUUGGGUGUGAUGGUAUUAAAUCCAAGGUGAAGGAGUCGAUGCUGCCGGAAGAAUCAAAGGAGAAACAGCCCCAGUACAGUGGAAUGUAUGGGUAUCGCGCUGUUCUGGAUAUGGACGAGAUGGUGGAGGCCGUCGGGGAGCAACGUGCGCGGGUGUCCACCAUGUAUGUCGGAAACGGGGCAUACGGUAUCUCCUAUCCGAUCAUGCGGGCCAAGAAAGUGAAUUUUGGCCUUUAUAUCUUGAGUGAGAAAUGGGAUUGUGACACCUGGGUUCGGCCAGCGAAGAGAGAAGAGAUGCGACAGGAUGCUAGUAAUAUGGGCAGAUAUGUGAAUGCUCUCAUUGAGCGCAUGCCCGACCCCUCUCAAUGGGCGAUUUUCGAGCAUCCUCAUAUCUCCACAUACUCCCGGUCUAAGGUUGCCAUCCUCGGAGACGCUGCACAUGCCUCUACACCUCAUCAGGGCGCUGGUGCCGGCCAGGCUAUUGAAGAUGCGCAUGUUAUUGCUGAGCUCCUCGGGGAUCCGCGUGUCACUAAGCCGGAGGAUGCGGUAGCUGCGUUCAAGGCAUAUGAUGAGGUCCGACGACCGCGAAGCCAGAGGGUCGUUACUAGUAGCAAGGAAAAUGCGUACCUCCUCUGUUUGUGCCUGGAUGGAGUAGGUGAUGAUGAAGAGAAACUCAAGGAGACGUGGAACCAGCGUCUCCGCUGGCUUUGGGAUCUGGAUAUACAGGAGCAGGCAGAGGAAGCCAGGAAGAAAAUGAUCGAGCACAUGCAAGGAUGA